CGCCUUUUGCCAUUUAGACGCUGACGUGGGGCAGAACGUGUUUUGUCUGGGAGGUGCUCUAGAUAUAUUGCAUUGCCCGUCAUAUCACAUCGACCCUUCUUCGUGCGGAGUGCGGUCGGCUAGCAGCAGCAGCAGCGAGUGACUUCUGUGAAACAUGGCUGGGUACCUGAAGGUCCUCAGUUCUCUGUCGCGGUCCGCCGCCGUUCUUUCCAAAUCCCCCGCCGUGCUCGCACCCGCUGCUGUGUCCUGCCAGAAGCUGCAACAGCGGAACUAUGCUGACAAGCGCAUCAAGGUGGCCCAGCCAGUGGUGGAGAUGGAUGGGGAUGAGAUGACCCGCAUCAUCUGGGAGUUCAUCAAAGAGAAGCUUAUCCUCACCAAUGUCGAUGUGGAACUGAAGUACUUCGACCUUGGCCUUCCGUACCGUGACCAGACGGAUGACCAGGUUACCAUCGACUCUGCCUUAGCCACCAAGAAGUACAGCGUCGCUGUUAAAUGCGCCACCAUCACUCCUGACGAGGCCAGGGUGGAAGAAUUCAAGCUGAAGAAGAUGUGGAAGAGCCCCAACGGAACUAUCAGGAACAUCCUGGGUGGCACCGUCUUCCGUGAGCCAAUCAUCUGCAAGAACAUUCCCCGUCUUGUUCCUGGCUGGACGCAGCCCAUCACGAUUGGCAGACAUGCAUUCGGUGACCAGUACAGAGCAACAGACUUUGUGGUGAACCAGCCAGGGAAAUUCAAGAUUUCGUUCAUCCCCGCGGAUGGAAGCACAGGGAAGGAGUGGGAGGUGUACGACUUCCCUGGCGGGGGCUGCGGCAUGGGCAUGUACAACACCGAUGAGUCCAUCACAGGGUUCGCCCACAGCUGCUUCCAGUACGCCAUCCAGAAGAAGUGGCCUCUUUACAUGAGCACCAAGAACACCAUCCUGAAGGCCUACGACGGCCGCUUCAAGGACAUCUUCCAGGACAUCUUUGAGAAGAACUACAAGCCUGAGUUUGACAAGCUCAAGAUCUGGUAUGAGCACCGGCUCAUCGAUGACAUGGUGGCCCAGGUGCUGAAGUCCUCCGGUGCUUUCGUUUGGGCGUGCAAGAACUACGACGGAGACGUCCAGUCUGAUAUUCUGGCCCAGGGUUUCGGGUCCUUGGGGCUGAUGACCUCUGUUCUGGUAUGUCCCGAUGGAAAGACUAUCGAGGCAGAGGCGGCCCACGGCACCGUCACCAGGCACUACCGCGAGCACCAGAAGGGGCGGCCAACAAGCACCAACCCCAUCGCCAGCAUCUUUGCCUGGACCCGGGGGCUGGAACACCGUGGGAAACUCGAUGGAAACCCUGACUUGAUCAAGUUCUCCCAGACUCUGGAGAGAGUGUGUGUGGAGACGGUGGAGAGUGGCAUUAUGACCAAGGACCUCGCGGGCUGCAUCCACGGCCUCGCCAACUGCAAGCUGAAUGAACACUACGUCAACACGACUGACUUCCUGGACGCCAUCAAGAAGAACCUGGACAAAGCCCUCGGAAAAUGAGGCAAAUGAGGGCCCAGCAAUGACGGCGUACUUUUGUUUUUGUACCUCAUUCUUAACUUAAAAAAAAAAAAGGUCAUCACAUGCACUUGUCCUGCCUGAAGGGAAAGAGAGUACCACCUUUUCUAAUAUAGAAGUAUGUGCGUACCAUGUAGUCAUUGCAUUUGUACUGUUGUUUCUGUCCCUCUGCCUCAUUCUGUUCCCAUGGUUCUAUUUUUGUAAUAUGAAGUACUCAUCUCCAGAACCGUGUGUAAUUUAAUUCCACCAACAGCAACUUGAAGAGCCAUUUCAGGGAAGAGAUGGCUAAUAAAUCUUCCUAAUUUGUUUUAUCCUCUCCAUCCAAUCCCCAUGUUGUACACUCCAGCUGAUGUAGAAGAGGGUUGUUUCUGUGUAACAACAAAGUUGAAUAAAAUAAUCAAGUGA